AUGUCAGAAGAGGAGCCAGAGCCGACACCAGGUUCACACAGAGAUGAAGAUGAGGAUGAUGAGAAUCCAGGUGACGAGAGCGGCCCUGGAGGAGAUGAUGACGCAAAGCGCAAGAAGGCAACACAGAGAAAGACCAAGGAGAAGCAAUCAAAGAGCAGCUCAGCAGCAGCACAAUCUUCACAACAUGCAGGAGCCACCGCACAUUCAACUGGACAGCCAUCAGCAAUGACUCAAGAUGAGGUUGACCGACCAGUAGAAGUGCCGGUGCCUGAGGAUCUCGAUGACAAUGACAUGUACAUCGACGACGUCUUGCUGACGGAAGUGGCUGACCUACCUGACGGUUGGACCUUGGUGGACGACCACAUGGAGCUUGCUGAUGCGUGGGUCGUACAGAACCUACGGAAGAAUGAGGCGAGCGAGAGGAGCAUGACGAGUGAGGAGCGUGCAAUGGUGACUCAAGCGAAAGCAAAGGAGCUGACACAGUUUUUCCAGAAUGAGGUCUGGGAGUUCGCCGACACUUUGAUUCAAGGAGAUAUGAAAAGGACGAUCACAACGAGAUGGGUUCUGACAUGGAAGACAGAUGAGGCAACUGGUCUUCCGAAGGCAAAAGCACGUUUGGUGCUGAGAGGCUUUGAGGACCCAGACUUGACAAAGAUGAAGACAGCAAGCCCGACAGCAGGAAGAACAGCCAGACAGAUCUUCCUGACCAUCGCACGCAACAACAUGUGGCUUCUGAUCGUGGGAGACGUCACAGCAGCUUUCCUGUCCGGCUCAGGACAUGAAUUCAAGAGGAUGAUCAUCGCAAAGUUGCCAGCCGACUGUGGCCCCAUUUUGGGAGUGACUGGCCCAUGUUAUAUGAAUAUGAACAAAAGUGCCUACGGACUUUCCGACGCACCUCUCUUGUGGUUCAACGAGGCGUCGAGGAGGCUGAAGAAGAUGGACAUCCACCCACAGAAGCUCGACAAUUGUUUCUUUGCGUGGUACGAUCGUUCAGGAGCUCUACAACUUCUACUUCUACUACAUGUUGACGACAUGCUGAUCGGAUACAAUCCCAAUUCAGCUGAGGCGAAGCAGAAGUGGAAGAUGCUCAAGAAGAAUGAGAAGAUUGCAUACUGCGGAGGAGUCUUGCAGUAUGUCAACGGCGAAUUGUGUCUCAGCUUUGAGGAGUACCUGCGGAAGAUCGCCCCCAUGACAGUGGACAAGAAACGAGGAGAUGCUCCAAUGACCGACAAAGAGGCGAGAGUCAUGAACGAGCUCAACAAGACCCUGAGGUUCGGAAAGGCAAAUGCUGAUGUAGCACUUCGAUUUCCUGUCAUCGCCGAGGACUGGCGAGACAUCCACUUCAUCGUCUACAGCGACGCAGCUCUAGGAGUGCGGCAAGACUUGGCAAGCCAGGGUGGAUACCUGAUCUUGGCUGUCAAUCAAAAAGUGCUGGAAGGCGAAGUGGGACGCUACAGCGUGGUAGCAUGGAGGAGCUACAAAUUGACUCGAGUGUGCAGGAGCUCAUUAGCAGCGGAAUCACAGGCAUGCGCAACAGCCAUUGACGAGCUCAUGGUGGUCAAGAUGCUUUACAGCAUGGUCAAGGACUCCAGCCUCACCAUCAAGGACAACAAGACAGCUGGAGGAUCCAAAAGUGCAGUCAUUAUUGACGCACGUGCCUUGUAUGACGCCAUCAACAAGGAGACCAUUCAAUCGUCUUUGGACAAGCGUGUGGCAAUUGAAUCACUGGUCAUCAGAGAUGGUCUGAAACACACCAACUCAGACCUGAGAUGGGUGAGCUCAGAGCGACAAAUGGCCGAUGGACUUACAAAGAUCGGUGGCCGACAGCAGAUGUGUGACCUACUACUUCGUGGAGGAUACGUACAGCUGAUCUACGACGGCACAUUCACAGCAGCAAAGAAGAAGACUCCGGAGGAGAGAAAGGAGGUCAAGAAGGUUUCCAGAGGAACAGCCGUGGCAAUGUAUGUUUCGACAGUUGUGGCAACACAAGUGGCAGGAGCGACUGCAGCAUACAACGAUGCUUUGGUCCGUGCCGAGUUCAAGGUCACUGAGUAUAUCAACGACCCUGAAGGCUUCAUCAACGUCAACAACAUCAUGGUGACUGUCUUUGCCAUCGCGAUCAUUCUGAUCUUGAUCUACGUCUUUGCCAAGUUCUUUGUCUCAAAGAAUGACAACACGAGGAACAUCAACGGCAAGAUCAUGGUGGAUCAGGAGAUCCAGAUAGCAGGUGGUGAGACCAAUAUAGCCACCAUCACGUAUGAUGAGCAAAUGCAAUUGGGAGCCUGCAUAGGCCAACUUGAGGAGAACAAUGAGAAGUACAAGAAAGAAGUGUUCGACAACCUCGAACAGUAUGUAAACCACAUCGACGACAUGACCAUCCGCCCUGCGACUAUGAUAACGCAACCAUGGCCAGAUGCCCUAGCUUUGGAAUGGACACUCAAAUCCACUGGAUUUGAUUCGGUCGAGCUCCGCAAUGCUGCUCUGAAGAAUUGGUUGAGGACAACCUUCUGGCAAGCAGCUCACCACAUUUUCGGCAGGCUUCCAGAGAACAGCUUACAACUCACAACAGUGACUUUGCACACCUUGGCCAACAGCUGCCAUAGCUGGCACCGAGCUCUGCGUUAUUCCGCGUGGGCCCAACAACACGAUUUAGAGGUUUCAGGCGGAAUGCUGAGAGCAGUGGCAUAUGCAGCGGAUGCGGCGAAGGCUUGGCCAAUUAUUUUGGAAGUCGUUCAGAGCUUUCGAAAGUUGCAACUCUCUCCAGAUGCACCACUUUGGAGUCUGGCAAUGCGAAAGUCUCCGAAAAAAGCCUUGGCAUUGCUUCAAGACUUCCGAGACUUCCGACGACCAGAGCCCAAGAGCUACAGUGCUGCUCUAGGUGCGAUGUCAAAGACUUCGGAGUGGCAGAGCUGCUGCGAUUUGAUGUGCGAAAUAUCCCAAAGACUGCUGCGGGUAAACUCAGUGAUUGGCGUUUCGGAGCAGAGUUGGCAAGCAGCCAUUGCACUGCAGCACUGGAAAAACUGCGGCUACGAGCUAACUGCGGCGACGGCAGCAGGUCUGGAGAUGAAGGGCUCCAGCGCCACAAGGGGCACAAGGGGCACAAGCAGCUGGAGUCCAUGGGAACUUCAGAUCAGUUGUUUGGAGAAACUGCGAAGACUCGGAUAUUCCGGAGGAAACCCUGAUCCUUUUGUUGCUUUGGCGGCUGUCCUUCGCUGCAAAGAAUCUGGUCGAUGGGAGCAUUGCAUGCAGCUUCAUCUUGUUUUGGAGGAUGCGGUUUCGAUGGAUGUGGCGGACAACUCAGUGAGUGAGCUUCGCAGGAGAAGUUGCAAUACAGCCCUUGCAAGUGCCGGUGAUGCAUGGUGCUGGCUUGCGGCCCUUAGGCUGCUGCACUCAGAGCUACGAGGCACUGGAGUCAGGGCUGACAUUGUCACAUGCAGCGCUGCUGCAUCUGCAGCUACUUCGGCAAGACAGUGGUGUGAAGCGCUGGAUGUGGUCGCACAGGCUUGUCGCCGUGGAAUGCAGCUGGAUUUGGUGGCUUACGGUGGUCAACUGGUUGCCUUCGAACAGGGGGCCAGGUGGAAUGAUGUCUUGCUGACUCUGCACAGCGUUCAUUUGCAGCUCCAGCCUGAUGCGGUAUUACUACGUGGAGCUUUGAGUGCGGUAGCAAGUGGUUGGCAUUGGCAGAGAGCAAUCGACAGACACUGCCUUCAGGACAAGGGUGACAACAUUGCCCUUGAAACAGCGGCGCGAGCUUGCCAGGCGGCGGGCAGCUGGCGGGUGGCUUUACGUUUGUUCUCUGUUUGUGAAGACCUUGGACUGGCAGUGAUAGCACUGGAAGCGAUUGAGAAAUCUGAUUCCGCCCCACCACUGCUACCUGCGCUACUGGCUGCAGCCAAUCCAGUGGCAGGCGCAGGCGCAGACCGCGCUAAGGUCGCAUAUGCCAUGCAGCUCCUGGAGUCGCAUGAUACCCUUUCUGCGGAAGCCGUUCAGAUCUUCCUUCGGAAAAAGAUUCAGCAGAAGUUGCAGAAGCUAGCGAAUCCCACACAGACCAGCAAGUCCAUUGUCACGAAAAUUCGUGACACACUGCUGAAGAGCUACAUCAGCCUGGGUGCUAUUGCGGAGCAGAGAUCUUUGACCAGUUUGGGUUUCACGGGCUGCGUGGGCGUACAGAUUUCCCCUAUUGCAACGUGGAGUACCAGAGCACAGCUGCAUGCAGAGGUUCUGGGGUCAGUGCGUGAACAGGGACAAAGUGAUGCUCAAGAGGAGCUGAUCGCUUCCUUUUUGCCUUGUUGGGCAGCUGUGCUCCUUGUGGAUAGAGGCUACCGUGGCCGUGUGCAGGGCCUUGGUACUAGUCAGGAAGCUCCUUAUUUCUGUUUGCUGCCUGUGGCAGCGCACCACAACCGGGGUCGACAUGCCGAAAGGCAUGUUCUGUUGCAAGUCUUGGACAUGCUGGCAGUGAGUGAGUAUGCUAGUGUAGAUGAAGCGAGGACGCAUGGGAAUUGGGAUGACAAAAGGAUGCAAGAGCUCGCAGGGCAUAGUUUGAAUUCAUGGCAUAAGAGGGUAGCAGGAGUCGUCACGAACAUGAGCACCGAGAGUGGUGUUCAGCAGGCAAAGCUUGCAUUGAGCACUGGGCAGACCAAGAUAGUGGAUUUGGGACGUGGCCUGCUACGGCGGUCAGAGGAUGCUCAGGAGCUGUGCGCAGAGAAAGACAUCGCUCAGAUGGCAAAACUCCGGACCUUGAAAAGACCAAAGGAACUCAUGCAAUUUGGGCUUGGCCAAAAGGCAGUGAGCAGCCGCUCCCAGGCAAUUUACAGCCUCGUUCGAAUGGGUCGCGACGGAAUUCGAUGCGCUGAAGAACUCCUCAGCGAGGUCAAGCCUUGGGAUGUGUCUUCCACAGCAAUCCGGGAACUUGCGCACAGCCACGCGCGCAUGGGCGAUGUCAAGUCUGCAAUGCGGCACGUGGAUGUCUUUGACGAAGUGCACUCAGCUCAACUGUUGAUUGAGAUUCUUGCCCUUGGACUCACCGGUACUAUUCUGAAAGAGCGCGAGAAGUUAGGAUCAAACUUUCUGACUGGUGUUGAGACCAAUCCUGUAGUACAAGGAGCGGUGAACGAAGUAGUGGAAUUCAUACCGAAGCUCGGUGAUUGGGCAGAGCACGUGCGGCAACUCCCCCAGAAGACAAGGCAGCAAUGCUUUGCAGAAGCCUUCAAUGAGCUUCUCUUGUCCUGUGGCCGAGCUCAUGCUGUCAAAGUGUCGUUUCGUGUCCUAGAGUGGAUGGAGGCUUUGGCAAUCCCAAAGGACGCCUUUACAUACGAGGCAAUUGGAGUGAAUGUGGUCAAGCGCAUCACCAGAUUACAAAAGGUUUGGGAUUUGCCACAAGCUCCAGAAGACAAAGUGUGCCCUGAGGUGGUUUUUGCGGGUCGCAGCAAUGUUGGCAAGUCUUCUUUGGUCAACAUGUUGCUAAAUCGGUCAGCAAUUGCCCCAACCUCUUCGCGGCCUGGCAGAACGAAGACUAUGGACUUCUUCGACGUAAACCAUGGCCAUCCAGCCUUGCCGCGCUUCCGCCUCGUCGAUGUGCCGGGCCUUGGCUUCGCCAGGGUCUCCCACGAGCUACGGGAAAGAUGGAUAGCCCUGAUUGGAGGCUACUUUGUUCAGAGGCAAUCCUUGAAGGUCGUCUUCCACCUCCUGGACGCGGGCCUUUGUGAGCUUAUGCCGGCAGACAGAGAGCUAUGGCGGCUGCUAGCACAGGCGAAGCGAUCAGACUAUGAGCUUUGCAUCGUCCUCACGAAGGCUGACAACAGUGUACCUUCGCAGCUUGAACGAUUUGCCAACAUUGUUCGAGAAGCGUUGCGGCGGGAAGGCUCC